UCACCAAGAGCAAGAAAGCCAUCUUCUUCACCGUCCCGAGGCCUUUACGCCGACGUGCUCGCAAAAGCACCUCCCUGGAUUUGUGGAAAAGGAUGGGGAGCUGCAUGCCAAAGGCGUGGACACCAUUGCCUGCAUCUCGGUCAACGACGCUUCCGUGAUGCAUGCCUGGAAGAAGGAUCUCAACAUUAGGGACGAGGUUUUGCUACUCUUCGACGGAAACAGGGAGGUUUUGCUACUCGCACGAACCCCCGAGACGCUCCCAGAAGAAACCAACGUUUAAUCAUCAUGGCGUAUAAAGGGCGAAGGGAGAACACGCCUUCUCUCCUCGCCCGGAGACUUCGAUCUGUUUUCAUUGUUCGCCGAGAGAGAGAUAGAGAAGAGAGAGAGAUGGAUGCGUUCUUCCAAUCCCGAUCUCAGUCCCAUGGCGGAUGGACUCGGAAUUCCUUCAAAAAUUUUGGUCAGAUCCCUUCGAAUGUUCAAAAUCAUAUGAUGCUGGUUUACUUGACGCUAUGUUGCGCGCUCGCGGCAUCAGUGGCUGGAGCUUAUCUCCACAUUUUGAUGAACAUUGGCGGAUUUUUGACGAUGAUGGGUUGCUUUGGUAGCAUCAUGUGUCUGCUUUCCAUGCCUCCAUAUGAAGAGAAGAAGAGGUUUGGGCUUCUGAUGGCCGCAUCUGCUUUCGAGGGGGCUUCCAUUGGCCCUUUGAUUAGGCUUUCCAUUGAGUUCGACUCCAGAAUUCUUCUGAAACCUUUAACAGCAAGUGAUUUAGUAGCAACAUCUUGA